AUGGCAGUGCAGGCUGGAGUACAGGCCUGGUUUAGAGAGAAGUUUGACUCUCCAGUUCAGAGCCCUCGUAGUCCUCUGACCCCACGUCAUGGCCCCAGUUUGGCUGAUGUUUUCCAGUACGACCAGUGGCUGGCCGUCCGACAUGAGGCCACUCUAUUGCCCAUGCAGGAGGAUCUGGCAAUCUGGCUUAGUGGCAUGCUGGGAGAGGAAGUGCAGGUGGAACACUUCAUGGAGGAGCUGAAUAACGGCGUGAAGUUGUGUCGGCUGGUCGGAGUUCUGCAGAGUAAAAUCCUUGAAAGCUGCCACUCAAACAAGGGGCAGUUUCCAAUGAAAAAGGUGGUUUUUAAGAGAGACGCCUCUCCUGGCUCUUUUUUUGCCCGUGACAACACAGCGAACUUCCUGGCCUGGUGCCGGCACAUUGGUGUGGAUGAGGCCUACAUGUUUGAGUCUGAGGGUUUGGUUCUGCACAAAGAUCCUCGUCAAGUGUGUCUGUGCCUGCUGGAGAUUGGAAGGAUCAUGUCAAAGUAUGGUGUAGAACCACCAGUGUUGGUAAAGAUGGAGAAGGAGAUUGAAUUGGAGGAGACGAUGCUGCUGGCAGGAGAUCCUGAACCAGAGCCUGCGGUGAAAACUUUCACCGUGUGUUGCCAGCAUGGGGGCCUUUAUCACAGUGACAGCGACCCAGGGGAUGAUCCUCCCUGUAACUGCUCUCAGCGCUUCUCUAUAGAAUAUCUAUCCGAGGGACGCUACCGACUAGGAGACAAGAUCCUCUUUAUCAGGAUGUUACAUGGGAAGCAUGUCAUGGUUCGUGUGGGUGGGGGUUGGGACACACUGAAAGGUUUCCUGUUGAAAUACGACCCAGGCCGUGUACUACAGUUCACCACUCUGGAGCAGAAGAUUCUUGCCUAUCAGAAAGGCUCACCAGGCCCUGGCCCCAUCCUUGCUGCUCAAACAGCCCUGCCCCCCAACAUGGACCCACUUGCUGCUGUCAGCCUUCUCCCAUCAUCCUCUACUUCAUCCUCUUCCUCCUCCAUAUCUACUUCCAAACCUGCAACACCCGUUCUGGGCCAUGCUACACCCAAAGGGUAUGCCCAGUCCCCUGCAUCUACCCCCUCCCUGCCCAGGAAGACAGCUGCUCCCAAAAAGACGCUGCAAAUGCCCACCGCUGCUCCAGUAAAGACCACACAGCUACCAUCUCCUAGCUCAAAUAAGAAGAACCAUCUACCCUCUUCUCAGCCACCCAGGUCUGAGGUUCCCCCCAAAAGCGCACCUGCCUCUUCCAGACUGAAGCUGCGGCCCCCGCCCUCUGGCACACCCUCUCAGCCCCGUAGCCCUGUUGGCCCAGAGCCCACCUGUAAACAGCCCAAACCCUCCAGCACGCCCACCCCAUCCAUCACCCAGAAAGCCCCUCAGAAAGAAGGACGGCCCCCUCCCGGCGGCCUACGUUCCCGACUUGCUCGACGGCGCAACUCAUCACCUAUAAACCGUUUCCAUGACUGCAGGAAGACGCGUCCUGCCUCCCCUCGGCCAGCUGGUCUGGCGAGAAUACCCCGUGAACCCAAGUUGACCUCAUCAUCGGCAUCCUCCUCACGAUCACAGACCCCAGUAUCACGAGCCCCUAGCCCAGUUAUUAAAGUCCCUCCAUCCAGAGGUAAAGCCGUCUCCGCCCGGCGCCCUCUGCAGGCAAGAGUAGAGACAGUCACAGCUCCUCAGGCUGGGAGACAACACAACCCCACUGGACCUACAUCGCACACUGUCCCAGCCUCACAAACUACGGAGAAACAAGCUCCUUUCUCUCCUAAAGUCCCUCAGAAGCCCUCACAGUGUCAACAGAGUCAAACAGUAAAAAAAACAGCCUGCGCUGUCAACAGCCGCACACCUGUCCCCAUUAAGAGCACUGCUCUGACUAAAGCCACCAAAAAUGAAGAGCCUUACUUUGAGAUGAACAGCAAGAGGAGAGUGAAGUGUUAG